AUGGCAUACCAUGAUGAAGGCGCUACGGAGAAUCAGUUCAUACCACGACAGUCAGGACCGCGAAGACCACGACCGGUUACGGAUUACGGCUCGUCGCUAGUUCAAUGGAUGCGUGUACGGCAGCCAAAGUACAAGGGAGGGCAUCGGCUAGAAUGGGAACGGCCGAGUGCGAGUUAUACCGUGGACAUGCUUCCUCCCUUUGCCGCAAUUCACUCUCCGGUAGAUACGAUUCCUGUUCGACAUCUACAUCAGUCGAUCGGAAAGUCGAAAAAGCCCAUUACAGUUGUGAGAUGGACGCCGGAGGGCCGACGCCUACUGACUGGCGGGCAUACCGGAGAGUUUAUGCUAUGGAACGGCACGGCGUUCAAUUUUGAGACUGUCAUGGAUGCACAUUAUGAUCAAUACCAAGCGGGCGUUACAUCUGCGGAAUGGUCAUACAGUCACGAAUGGCUAAUAUCAGGUGGUCAAAGAGGAGAUAUAAAGUACUGGCGCCCUAAUUUCAAUAACGUCGAGACGGUAGAUGACGCUCACCACGACGCCGUCCGGGAUCUGGCUUGGUGCCCUAACGAUACAAAGUUCCUCUCUGCUUCUGAUGAUACGACCCUCAAGAUAUUCGAUUUCAAUGCCAGGUCUUGCGAGCUGGUGUUAACAGGCCAUGGCUGGGAUGCAAAAUCGUGCGAUUGGCAUCCUACAAAAGGGCUACUUGUAUCGGGCUCGAAGGACCACCAAGUCAAGUUUUGGGACCCAAGGACAGGAAGAUGCCUGACCACUUUACACAGUCAUAAAAAUACGGUUACGACGACGAAAUUUUCUCGAGUAAACAAUAAUCUACUUGCAACCUCAUCGCGAGACCAAACGGGGCGCAUUUUCGACCUACGGAUGAUGCGCGAUAUCUGCAUUCUCCGGGGUCACGAAAAACCGAUCUCCUCGCUGACCUGGCACCCUAUUCAUAGCACUCUCGUUUCAACAGGAAGUGAGGAUGGGUCCUUAUAUCAUUACUUAUUGGACGAACCCAACCUGCCAACUGGACAAGCUCCAACCGUUGCGCCCUACGACACCACGGAUCCCACCAACACUCCCGCCCAGAUCAUAUUCCCAGCACAUCGAAUACAGUUCGCACACAGCUCCACGAUCUGGUCGCUCGACUGGCAUCCCCUUGGCCAUAUCCUUGCCUCUGGAUCUAAGGAUAACUUCACCCGCUUUUGGUCUAGGGCUCGCCCUGGUGAAACAACCUAUUUGAAGGAUAGAUUCCACAUUGGUGAGGAAGCGGCCGAGGCUCAAGGUACAUGGAAUCGCGGGUAUGGCCGUCGACAGAUGCGAGAAGAGGAGGAGCAAGAGAUCCAAGACGAAGCUGAAGGCCUCGUAGACCAAAAGCGGCCCAUGGACUCAUUGCUACCAGGAAUUCAGGGUGUGCCGCCUAUGGACGGUACUGGGUUGCCAGGCUUGAUACCCGGCAUUGGUGCUGCACAUCCGCCUCCACCACCACCUCCCCCGGUCGAUAUAGCCUCGUCUAUACCGCAUAUGGACCCCGGCCGCUUAGCUGCAAUACUUUCUUCUGGAGCAAUACCUCCUCCCCCUCCCCAAAGCUCGGGUCAGAUACCUUUUCCGAUUCCAGGAAUAACAGGCCCUUUCCCGCCUAAUCCCAAUUUUCCGCCGCUCCCAAACCAGCUGUUUUCACACUUUGCACAUCAACAGCAGAAGUAA